GGACCUGCCCUCCCGUCGCCAUUUUUCGGUCUCGUACUCGCACUUCUAGUGGCUCGGGUGAGGGGGGGGAAGAGCAGAAAUAAGGGAAAGUAUAACAUUUGGAAUCGGUAAACCGGGAUCCCUCAUAAGAAGUCAGGAAUGCACGCGAGAGCUACAGCAUAACGUACUGCCACCUGAGAUGCACGCGCAGGUCGCUGUUGUAAAAUAAUUGUUGGUGUGAAGACGUGUUGCGGGCCGCCAUUUUUUUGCUGUGCUGCCUCAAAAGUCUGCUCCGACUCGAGAAAGGGGAUUCAAAAACGCAUUUCCAUGACGUGUGCCUCACCGUAAGACCAAGAAGAUACAAACUAUCAUUUGGUUUCCGACCCGCUGCUACUGGCGACCUUUUUGCCGACAUGAGGAUUUAUCAGAUGAAAAACUGAGGCCACCUUUUCCGUUCUCAUUACUGGCACUGACUGGAGGAGAUACAUUAUUAAAAGAGAAGCCCGGUGUUUUCUCGGAAGGCGGAACGAAAAAGGGAAGCUUCAUUGAUCAUUUGUUGCUUCGCUCUCCGUCGAUGUUUGUCUGUCAAAUGUCAACUGCUCGGUUUGAUUCAGCUGAUCGGUCCGCCUGGUAUUUUGGACCCGUGUCACGACAAGAGGCACAGAAUAGGUUACAAGGACAGAGACAUGGCAUGUUUCUUGUUCGAGACUCUUCGACCUGCCCUGGCGACUACGUGCUGUCAGUAUCCGAAAACUCCAAAGUAUCUCACUAUAUCAUCAAUUCUUUACCCAGCAAGAGGUUUAAGAUAGGUGACCAAGAGUUUGAGCACCUCCCUGCUCUCCUGGAGUUCUACAAAAUCCACUACCUGGAUACGACCACGCUGAUAGAGCCAGCCCCCAGGUACCCAAGCACAGUGAGCGGACCCAUCCAGCCCAUGGGUGGCCCAGAGGAGAACCUGGAGUAUGUGCGGACUCUAUAUGACUUCACUGGCAGCGAUGCAGAGGACCUUCCCUUCAAGAAGGGGGAGAUCCUUAUUAUCCUGGAGAAGCCAGAGGAGCAGUGGUGGAGCGCCAAGAGUAAAGAGGGACGUGUCGGGAUGAUCCCUGUGCCCUAUGUGGAAAAAUUGGUACGACCAUCGCCUCAUCCUGGCCAGCCUUCCUAUGGAUCUCGCAACUCCAACAGCUAUGGGAUCCCUGAGCCCUCUCACGCCCUCGUCCACGCCUAUGCCCAGCCCCAGACACCAUCGCCACUGCCCCCUGGCACACCUGGAGCAGUUAUCGCCCCUCUACCGUCCCUGCAAAACGGCCCCGCCAUGGCAAAGGCCAUCCAGAAACGAGUGCCGUGUGCCUACGACAAAACCGCUCUUGCUUUAGAGGUCGGUGACAUCGUCAAGGUUCUACGGAUGAACAUCAGCGGGCAGUGGGAGGGCGAGGUGAAUGGACGGAGGGGUCUCUUCCCGUUCACCCAUGUCAAAAUCAUAGACCCCCAGAAUCCAGAUGAGAGUGACUGACCCAAGAGCUCGACUGAACCUUCUCGCCAGAAUCAACCUGUACCUGAAUCUGCUGGCUGUCUCCACCUUUCCCGCCAGUGUCACCACGGUUACGUGCUUGCCUGCUUUGGGGCUGUACCAUGAUAGCGACCCCUCUGUUGUUGCCAACCGUUGCAAGGCUUUCUGACUGUUUACAGCUUUGGACAUUGGAUCCAAACUAAAAACCUGACCCCACUUUUCCCAGUUCCCUUUCCUAUGACUUGGUUUCAGACUGGGCAGUGUUUUUUUUUUUUUUUUUGCAUUUGUGUCCUUUUCAUUUCCAGAUCACUGGGCAUCAGUGUGAGUGUGUAUGUGCGUGCGUAUGUAUAAGUGCGUGUGUGUUCACAAUAGAUAUUAACCACAAAACACACAAUGUCUGUUUUUUUCUUUUUCUUUUUUUUUUUAUUUGAAUUCUCUCAAUAUUUGUUACGUUUGAAGUCUUGGGGACAUAAGAAAGUGUGUGUGUUUGUUUUGUUGAUGUGAGUACAUUUGUACGAAGUAGGGAUCAGUAACAUCCCUAUGGAGUUGGGAGAGCACUGAGGCAGUGAGGAGCUAAUAGUGCGUUCCAUUUACCUCGGAAGCCGGAGCUGGGAAUGACGUCACACCCGAGUUGAAUGCGUUUUUCAUUUAUCAUUUACAAGUUGGAUUUUUCAUUGUGGGGUUAGCUCUAGCCAGGUUAGCCAUUGUUAGCAAUACUAGUUGAUAACGGUGCAUUAUGCUGUUUUUGCAGUCAAACAGCAUAAAGACAUGUCCACAGAUAGAAGUUGGACAGGACUGUGUGUACGACUCUUAGUCUAGUGAGACAGAAGUGCUAAUAACUGUUGAUGCACAUGGCAUCCAUGUUGGGGUUUUGAGCUCUGGGUAGUGUGAGGUUGUCCGAGAGCUUGGAGGGGGGGGGGGUUUCCAACUUUGACCCUGGAAAAUCCAACUUCCGAGUACAAAUGGAACGCAUUAUAACCAGCCAGUCCAAUGUUAUUUCUCCAAACAAUCAAGUCACUGUACCUAAACUAUCUCUCUCUCUCUCUCUCACUCACACACACACACACACACACACACACACACACACACACACACACACACACACACACACACACACACACACACACACACACACACACACACACGUGUACUGGCCAUGAGGUAUUCAGGUUGACAGGUUUUUUUAUGUGAUGUGUGACUGGAGUCAGGAGAAAGCAGGAGAGAUGGGUUUGUGGAGGAUCUAGGUUGUACUGUGACAUUAUAGAUCCCAUGAUCCCAUCCACUCUUCAAAAUUAUUUAUCUAUUAAUAAGACAUGACACGGCCAUAUGUCUCUUUUUCUUAUUUGUGCCACAUGAUCAACAGUAGUGUUUUUUUGUUUUUAUAUUUGUGGCUUGGAGAACAUGUAUGCUAGAGGGAUAACUCUGCAUGUCCACUUGGUACCUCUCUUUACUGUCCUAGGACAUUGCUUAGAGAUUAGCAGGUUUUUAAUGCCAACAGCACCAAGCACUAGAAGAUAUAUAUUUCAACGUUCUGCAUAGGUGUGCCAAGCUUUGAACCGGUUUUCAAAAGUGAAAUAGCAACGGCCGUAGCCCUUGCCCUCGCUUCCCACAAGCAUUUGACUACAAGGCUAGCUAAAAAUGCAUUGUCAGUGUGGGCAUGAGAACUGAAGGCUUUCCACUGAGGUGAGAAACUAAUUUCAGUGGCAUAGGUCAGGGGAGGAGGAAGUGUUUCAGCAAGUCCAUGAGAAUCCCAUCAAUGCCUUUUUCAGAGAGUAAGCUAAAUGCAUAUUUUAGCGCAUGCAAUCCCUAAUAAUCUCACCUAAUAUUUGAUCUCUGCACAACUGUCUCUCUUUAUGCAAACAGGCUCUGUCAGAGUAGUGGGAAGCAUCUUUGUUCCUACUGUGCUGCAACCAGUUUGACCAGUAGAAGUCAAGGAUAAAACAGUUGUGCAAACAGUGCUGACCCCCAGGUUUCUGCUGUAAAAAUUGGGGGUGUAAUAACCAUUUCACCCCGUGUCUCAGCUUUCCGAUUAAAUCAAUGCUCAGCCGUUUACUCAGAGUAAUAUUGUGCAGUUUUAGUUGUAUCCCUAUUUUUUAUUUUUUUAUUUUGUCCGGUUAUAGUCGGCUAGUAAAUCAAGCAUUUCUGUUAAAAUGAAUAAUGUUAUUAAAAAAAUAAAAUAAAAAAAAAAGUACCUACGGUGACAUUUACAAAAGGGAAAAUGCCUGCUGGUUGCCUCUGUGCAUGACCUCUUGGCCAGGGGGAUGGUUCUCCCUGGCCAAAUGCUGCUUAAUGUCAUUUAUUUCCUUAUUAAAUAAAGGUUUCUCUUAUUUUAAUCCCUCCUCAUCUGUGCAAACAAACCAGUUUGGGUUAUCCUCAUCAAACUUGAUGAAGUUACUAAUUAAGCAAUACACUCUGAUUAUUUCCUUUUCUUGAGGUGAACUUCCUUUUCUCAUGCUUCUGAGUUGUUUUGUAAUGGCAUUAACAGUAUUACUGUGCUCUCUUCUCAUAUUCUAGGAAAACCUGUCUUUUACUUAAGAAUUGAAAAUUGUGCCUUUUAUUUUCUUAUACCAUUUACAUGUGUUAAUAUUUCCCAUGGUUAACACCUGUGCUGGUAUUGACCCUUUAUGUACAGAACAAGUAAAUAAAAUUUACGUCUACUUCUUUAA